AUGAAACGUCCAUCUUCAAUAAACAACAUCUUCAAAAAGAAGGAAAAGGAGAAGGAUAAGAACAAAAAAGAAGAGAAUACAACAACGCCGGGAGAACCUACUUCUCCCGAACAACAACAAGAGAAUGAUCAGUCUUCAGUUCCCCAAACAGAUGUAGUGGUGGUAGUUGAAAAGACAGAGUCGUCAACUUUGGCAAAGACUGAACCAGUUCCAACAGACAUACAUCCGCUCCUUCAAAGUGGUGGAGCAAGUCCAAGUAGUAGCAGUAGUAGUGUUGAAACAUCACCACCAUUGAUUAGUAGUAGCAGUAGUAGUAUUAGUAGUAGUAGCAGUAGUAUGAGUAGUAUUAAAAGAAAUGGAUCAGAUAGUAAUCAAUCAAGUAUCACCAAUUAUUCAAGUAUAAUUAAUAGUAUAAAGAAUAACAAUAACAAUAAUAAUAAUAGUAACAAUAAUAAUAAUAAUAAUCAACAACAACAACAACAAUCUAAUAAUAAUAAUAAUAAUAAUAAUAUUAAUGGAAUAAUUAAAAGUGCUUUAAUCAUUUCAACAGAGACUGUAUCACCUGAUAGAAAGCCAUAUACAGUGUACAAGAUACAGGUAGAGACAAGUACGCACGCCAUCUACAACAUUAUAAGAAGAUACAGUGAGUUUUUAGAGUUGGAUCUCAAACUGCACAGCAAGUAUCCGUUGGCACGUCUACCAUUCCCGCCGAAAAAGACAUUUGGCAAGAUGAACAAUGAGUUUAUUGUGCAGCGUAGAGAGCAUCUGCAGCUGUUUAUGAACGCUAUCUACGAGCACAAGGAACUGCCCUUUGACGGACUGGUCGUCGACUUUUUCACACAGCGUCCAGAAGACACACGUGCCAUGUUGUUGGCCUCUGGUGCCGGCAACUCGCAGCAAGGAGGUGACAGCAACACGUCAAAUCAAGUCAUUCGAUACAUCAUAUCGACGCUACCCUUUUGGUCAGACUAUUUGGACUAUGAGUCGUUGCUGUCACUCACCGAGACAUGCAACUACCUCUACAACACCGUGUCGUAUUAUAGCGAUGUCUGGAAAGAGCUGUAUUGGCGUCAACACCGUCUGUUGCACUGGGGGUCUCCCAAACCGGUCGUUUGCAUAUGUACAGUCGAGCUGCACAACUACCACACCGAGCGAUCCAAAGGACUCAAGCGAGACAUGAGUACUGCCAACCUCAACCAACUCCUCACUUCCUCCCCCACCACCCUAUCCACAUUGAUGGGUGCAUUGGAAGAAGAGACCAACAACUCAACAUCAUCUUCACCAAAGAUUGGAAAUAAUAUUGCAAUUCAACAAAAACAACAGGGUACAACAGGAUCAGACCAUCCAGUCAAUUCUUCUUAUACAAGUGAUACAUCUGCAGCAUCUCCAUCUUCAUCACCUGGUGGAUUGGCUUUUGGUGCUGCUGGUAAGAGUAUAACCUCGUCGAAACCAACAAGAACAACAGAGACAAAGUUGGAAUCGAUGGAAUAUUCGAGACAAGUAUUUUUACAAUUAUUGGCAGCACAUUCAUUACUCAGAACUUCAAUAGAGAGUCAUCUAACACAAUCCUAUUGUGAUUGUUUGGUUCCAAAGUUUAAAGGGUGUAUCAUUGGUCCACCAAAUCUUUCACAAUCUUUUCUUUUAUCUUUUAAAACAACUUUUACAAACAUUAAUAAUCAAAAUAAUCAAAGUAAUAAUAAUAAUAAUCAAAAUAAUAAUAGUUUAAGUAAUAGUACAAAUUCAAGUAAUACUUCAUCACCUUUAAAUCCAACUAUUGGUUCAACAUUGUCGGCUAGUGAUUUGGAAUCAUUGACAACGAUGGAAAAUUUAAAUAUUAGUGCUCAGACUUCAGAUACUGCAGCCGCUGCAGCUGCUGUCCUUGCACCCACCUCAUCUUUGUCAUCUUCUACCACUUCAUUACCACAAAAGAAUGUUGUAUCACAUAUAGUAUCAACCAAUAGAAUGUUUUGUGUUGGUAUAACAGACACUUCAAACGAUGAAACCAAGGAAGAACAAAGAUUCCACCUAUCACAAUGUCAUUUUGUAAUGAUUACCUUUUCUCUGAUCGAUCAGAGCACCUUUGCAAUGAUUGAUAAAUGGGCAGAAGACGUUAAAUUAAUGUGUCCAGAAGCACCAGUCGUACUAGUUGGACUUGAACGUCAUCUAAGAGAUGCAUCCAAUACUACCACCUCGGUAUCCUAUCAAGACGGACUCGAGAAGAGUAAACUCUUGUACAAUUGUGUUGGCUAUAUCGAAAGUCCAAGUGCUAGUGAUGGUGUUGGAGGUUAUCGUAGAAGUGUCCUAACUGAAAUGGCUUCAAAUUUAUAUAAUCAUUAUCGUCCAUUAUUUACUCACCCAACAAAAAGAAACAAAUAUGAAAUUAAGAUUAGUUUCUUGGCAAAGAUAUUUCCAAAAUAUACAGAUGAAAUUAUUUUUAGAGGGUUGUCUAGUUAUGAGGGAGAUGUAGAAAAGACAAUUGAAUUGUUGGCAAUGGAUUACGCUAGUUAUAACAAUGUCGAAGGUGAAGGUCAAAUAUUAAGAAACUCACGUCAAUCGAUGCACAGUCGUAGUCAGAGCAACGAUCAUUCACGUAACCCUUCGGCUGCAAGUUGGUCACUCAGACAAAGUUGGAAUCAAGAGAUAUCAAAGAUGGACAAGGAACAAAGAGACCAAUUGAUCGAUGGAUACUUAAACCUCGAUCGUUCAACAUCACCUCCCAACAAUGGUACCAAUAAUAAUAAUAAUAAUAAUAACAACAAUAGCAGCAGUUAUCAUCGUCGAUCAAUUGCUCUUUCAUCGUCAAGUGUAGAGUUGCAAGUCAAUCAAUUGGUAGAGAAACUUAAAAAGAGUUCUGUCGAUAAUUUCAUAAAGGCAUUUUUAAAGAAAAAGAACCUCAACCAAGACCAACAGGCCGAGAUGGUACUAUCGUUCCUCAGAGAGAUGAAAAUCCAACUACAGUCGAGUCAACUAUUCAACAAUCCACAAAAUAGCGAAGAGGAUCUAACAGGUCCACCACUAUCGGAAAUUGAAAAUUAUCUAUAUCAAAACGUUUACAAGUCAGUCUUUUCAACUACAGAGUCACUUCAAACCGAUGUAAUUCUCUCUGAUAGAAUGUCAAAAUUGGUAUUUGUCGAACCUCAACAUUUAGAGAUUCGUCAUGACCACUGGAACAAGGAUUUGUGGGCAGCCGCCGAAAAAGAGUUGCUCUCUGUAAAUGAUCUAUACUCACCUUCUCAAAAAUUGGAAUGUAUUUUAAAUUGUUGUAAAAUAAUUUUAUUUUUAUUAUCAAAUUCUGAUAGUCCAGGAGGAGCAGAUGAUUUUUUACCUCAUCUUAUUUAUGUAGUUAUUCACGCAAAUAUUCCAAAUUUAUAUUCAAAUUUUGAGUUUACUUCAAAAUUUUGUAAUACAGAACUUUUAAAAAUGGAAAGAUUUUAUUAUUUUACAACUUUUGGAAUUGCAGUGACAUUUAUUGAAAAUAUUGAUGGCAAACAUUUAAAGAUUGAUGCCGAUGAAUAUAAUGCUUACAUGUCUGGAAAGAAGAAAUAUGUAAAGCAAAACGACGACGAUGAUAUCGAGCCAAUCAACGAAGAUCCACCAACACUGGGAGAGGUGUCACGUGCAAAGAUUAUGCAAAAACUUGGCAUUGACAAUGACACUGCGACCAAGAUCAUUACAAUGAGUCCCAAGAAGGGCCCGUUGCGCGACAGCAACGAAGACAUUGACAAGUUGGUUUCAGAGAGAAACAGUCAUAGUGAGGAUAUCCCCAACAGCUCGUCGUUUAAGAGUGGUGCCACCCCAACCACACAAAACCCAUUCACUGAUGUGUCCGAGUUGGACUCUCCACUUUUACCAGCUGCUGCCUGGACUCAUUCCUCAAUUCCACAAGCCACCGCCAAUGGAAGUGACUCCUCAGCAAAACGUAAUAGUUUCAAGCAGCAUCAUCUAUCCCGAACACCACCCCUACCACAUCAACAACCACCAACAACCUCAGACUCUACAAGUUCAUCUUUGGAGAGUACACACGUUGAAGAGCAUCCUCUGUCGGCCUCCAAACCAAAGGUCAGACGUCAAUCGGUUCUUGAAGAGAGUGAAGAUUAUUCAUUGGACGAUAAUACAGCCAUCGAUGACCCUUUGAAACUUCAAUUCGUUGAAAAGGAUCCUUCAUCUUCCCCAUAA